AUGAACCACAUCACAACCCGACCUUCUUCCCUGACGAUCAGCACGGUGAACGGCACCAAGGCGACGUCCGUCGAUCAAGCAAACGUGACGUUGGUUUCGCUAGAUAAUGGUGAACGAGUAGAGGUGACGGAAGCUUUCACCAUCGCCGACUUGCCGAUGCGAGCAGUGGAAUCGAUCAAGGAAUUAGCAACGUGCUGGCCGCACGUGCGAGACUUGUGUUUUGAAGAAGCCGACUCUUCCGAAGUCGAUUUGCUAAUAGGAUUUGAUGAAGCACACUGGGUCCUUGACCAGAGACUGGUCGGCAGGAAAGAACCAUAUACUGCUCGCACCAUUUUCGAGUGGACGUUGUUUGGAUCGUCUCACGCGGCAAAUCGUAAACGGUUAUCAGUUAACUUCACUACCACCACCGCCAACAACGAUACGAUUGAACAAGCUCUCCAAAGGAUGUAUGAUAUGACUUGA